UACUGAUAAUCUCAUUCACCAUAUCGGCAAGCGUAGGUGGCAUUCGAGUGCUUGUCAGCCUGAAAGAUGUCCUCCAGGCAUCAUAGGCGGAAGAUAGCCAUCCACAUUACCCUCUUUCUUGCCCUAUUGCUUUGUGUUCAAAAUGCAUUCGCACUUUCACUUUUUGAUCCGGGUGAAUCCGAACAAGCCGAAGUCGAUCAAAUGUCAGCCGAUCAAUCAGCAUCUCAGCCUAUCUCGUCAAGUUCUUAUUCUGUCGAAUCUGAAUCGAACGAUGAAAGAACGCUCAAAGGAACCUCACCAGCCACAUACGUCAUGCUCGAUGAAGCCGCACCACCACCUCCAGAUCAACUUGCAGAAGCCGUUCAAGCGAAAGAGUACGAUGCUUGGCGAGAACGUAUAGGAGGUGAAGAGUCUGACUUAUGGUUAAGCUUCGAUCAAUGGCGAGAGGAUUACCUUGCCACUGAACGUGAGAAAGCCGAACAGGAAAAGCAACGAUUGGCGGCGAAUAGACGUAAUCGAUCCGAAAAACAAAAAGACACAGCAAAAGUCAAUCACGAUCAAGCACUCAAUAACGUUAAUGCGACAGAGACGAAUGCUCAAUCCGGUGGACCCUCAUCGUCUAAUCAAGCUGAUGAACGAUCUACACAUAUGAAUACAGAAAGCGAAAGUAACGAUUCUAAUGCAGAACAUGGAUCCGCUUCGCCAGACGAGUUUCCGAAUACACCAAAAGGUAAUACUGAUGCGAAGUACGAACAACCGGCUUCAAAUGGUGAAAUCGUUCCUUCAGAUUCAACAACCACUUCCACUGAUCAAGUUUCCAUACCUGCGCUUGGCAACCCGACCGAUGAGUUGGCCAAUUUGAAGCAAAGGUGGAACUUCGCAUCUCUAGACUGUGCUGCAGUCGUUCAUCGAUCUAAUCAAGGUGCAAAAUUUACCUCCUCUAUUCUAUCGGAAAAGAAAGAUCGCUACAUGUUAAGCCCAUGUCCUACAAGUUCUGCGGAUUCUCAAUUUGUGGUAGUGGAACUGUGUGAAGAGAUCAAGAUUGACACUCUAGUCUUGGCCAACUUUGAAUUCUUUAGUCGGAUGUUCAAACGCUUCAAUGUGCGGGUUUCAAGGAAUCUGAAUGGUGGCGAAGAUGAAUGGGUGGACAUUGGAACCUUUCGCGCCCGCAAUGUUCGAGGCUUGCAAGUAUUCAAAACGAUCAACCCAUCUGGUGAUGCUCGAUUCUUCCGGUACAUUCGCAUCGACUUUGUCGAGUAUUAUGGGUCAGAGUACUACUGUCCUUUGAGCCUUUUGCGUGUGUACGGUCUGACACAGAUGGACGAUUACGUUCGGGAAGAGGAAGAAUUGAGAAAAGCACGAGAAGCAGAGACGCUGCUUUUGCAGGAGGGUGAAGAGGGAGAAGGCGAGCAAAUGAACGAAGAAAUGAUCGAUGAAAACCGAGCAGAGUCUCCUAAAGAAGGAGCAGAGAGUACAAUAAUGCAAAAAGAUGUUGAGAGCAGUUCAUCACAACCAGAGCAAAGCACGCAUCAGCCCAGUCCGUCCAAUCCAGGCAAAGAGGAAAUGGAAUCGCAAUCUACUUCUCAGACUCAAAGUGCAAGCCAAAUUGUUACUCAUGUUCCUGAUCGUCGCCCAAUAUCAAACGAUACCGUGCCAGAAAAGAGCAAGGAGCCUACUAAGAGCGCCCCAACCUCAUUUCAGGAAACUGUUAGAUCCUGUACCUAUAAAGACAGAGACAUCCUUGAUGUUUGGAGGCAACAAUCUUGUGACAAAGAUAAGGACCACAAAGACUCGGCACUAUCGGGUGGAAUGAUUGGCAAAAAAGAAAAGAUGCACAACACAUCUGAUACAGUUUCGAGCAAGACUCUGGAUAGAAGUCAUGACAAAAAUCAGGACAAGACUCAACAACAAUCAGCAUCAACUCAGUCUUCCUCAACUCAGGUCGCACCCUCUUCCGUCCAGCAUCAGGCAUCACAACAGUCGCCUCACAACCAGCAUCAACAACAACAGCAGCAGCAGCAGCAGCAACAACAACAUGGCGGCAGCGAAUCGAUCUACCGUACCAUUACCAAAAGGUUGAAUAUGCUAGAAAUGAAUGCAACCUUGAGCUUGCAGUACAUGGAUCAUUCCCGUCACAUGCUACGCGAGACAUUUGGACGAAUGGAGCGAACACAGCAAGAGAAAAUUGGUCAGAUGUUGGGCGAAUUGAAUGCAAGCAACUGGCAACAGAUAGAAAACCUCAAAAGGAGACAACAAAUGGACCUGCAACAAGCUCUAUUCGAGUUUGAUCUACACAGACAACAGACUGACGCCGAAAGAAGAGCCCUUCUAGCCCAAGUCCACCUCUUAUCCAAUGAAAUCAUGCUCGAAAAGCGUUUUGGUAUCGCGCAACUUGCCUUACUGUUGGGGUUAUUCGUCUUCAUGGGCUUGACUCGUGGUAGCCGAGCAGCUGCACCAUUGAUCAAUCAAGGUAUAUCUCGCUUGAGCCGAUCUUCUUCAAUCGUGCCUAAAUAUGGAUACUCUUUCCGUAAUGGCCGUCGUCAAUUGCACGAUACAGCCCGAAGUAUGUCUAUGAGGUCCAAUUCAUCUUCGUCGUCUACCUUGCAGAGGGAGGACAACUACGAGAGAGAUCACCCGAAAGCCGUUCCCCACAGAUCACCUCGAUCAUCAUACUCUAGAGCUUUCCCGAGUCGUUCAGGUCAUUCCUCAAGAUUUCGUAUGAAGCAGUACGAACAAGAUAACAAUACCCAUCCUACUUCUAAGCCGCCAAUAGAAAGGACUAAACCAAGCAGACCAAAUGUACUCAACCACGCCGUUCGAAGACCAGGUGGCAUCAAUGCAAAGAUGCCUAUGCGAAGACGAGGAAUACUACGAUCUUCUCUAAUGCUACCUAAGGAAAUACCGCAAUCAAGCGAAGCAGAUCCUCAAUGGCAGUCUACGAGCAUGAUGAGUAGACUUAUCCGCAGAUCUAGCAUGUGAAGUAGAGUGCGUGAUGUCAACUUCAUCAUAUGUACAAACAUACUCUCUUAUUCGUGUACUUUAACUAUACUUUUGCCUAUAGAAUGGUAUGUAUUUUUAAUUUCGAGAUCUAAGGAGCAGGAAUGAACCGAAAUCUCACAUAUUGUUUAAUAUACAUUUCAUUAGAUUCUACAAAAAUCAUACAAAAGCGA